AUGGGAUUUGAGUGUAUUAUGCGCGCAUCGACACCAUGCGUUGGCACUCAGUGUUGCACAUUAUCGGCGUUUUGUGCUCCACCAAGGCAACUUGCUCCUACGUUGGCGAGUGUAUCCGGCUUGGUGGGUGGUAGUAAUGACAUUACUACAACGGCUACGACGACGGCGACUACGACGUGUUCGACCACAGCAUCGACCAUGGGAACUACCACUGCGUCGACACUGGCUACUACAACCGAUUGGCAGACGAUUGGCUUGACCGUGCCCAUUACCACGACGGCCAGUACCACGGCUUCAACACUUGCCUCUACGACUGCUUCCACCACUGCUUCAACCACGGCAUCAACGAUAGGAGUUGUGUCUGCCUCGACUACUGCUACAACCACGGCCACCUCUAUUGGAUCGACAACUGCGUCGACGGCGUCAACCACUGCGUCGACCACUGCAACUACUCUGGCGUCGACCACUGCCUCGACCACUGCCACUAUGCUUGUCACUACGACUGCAUCCACGACGGCCUCUACUAUCGCGUCGACAACGGCAUCUACCACCGCUUCAACCACCGCCACUACCACCUCUCCCCAGACAAUUGGUCGUAUCUCAACGACCGCCAGCACCAGUGCAAGCACGACAGCAUCCACUUUGGGCACUACAACUGCCAGCACUCUUGCCUCGACGACUGCAUCAACCACUGCAAGCACAACUGCUAGUACAAUGGGCUCGACUACUGCCUCGACCACUGCGUCCACCUCUGCCUCGACUACCGCCACAACCACGGCCACUUCCACGGCGACCACAACGGCUAGUACCACUGCCACAACCGCAUCCACUACGGCCUCUACGACAGCUUCGACAACUGCCACAACAACUGCAUCCAGUACGGCCACCACGACUGCAUCAACCUCUGCCUCAACUACUGCUAGUACGACAGCUACAACCACCGCGUCGACCACAGCCUCCACCAUUGCCAGCACUUCAGCAUCGACCACUGCAUCGACGAUUGGAUCAACAUCUGCUUCUACGACUGCCAGCACAACAGCAACGACCACUGCUUUCAUCACUACUGCGAACCCUACUACAAACUUACCUUUUUAUUCUUCAACAACUACUAGCGACAUAUUUGAUUCGCCAUCAGCAAGCGGAACGACAUCAGCAAGUGGAAAAACAUCAUCGACUCCAACCACUACUGGUACGGCAUCAGCAAGUGGUACUGCAUCAUCGACUCCAACAACAACUACAGCACCAAGCACUGCAUCAACAUCAGCAAGUGGAACUGUAUCAGCAACAGGUAUUACUGGUACUGCAUCAGCAAGUGGAACUGCAUCAUCUACCCCAACAACAACGGCACCAAGCACUGCAUCAGCAACAGGUUUCACUGGCAUAUCAAGUGGACGUGGAAUUGUAAGCGGCAGUGGAGGUGGUGGUGGUGGUGGUGGUGGUGGAGGUGGAGGUGGAGGUGAUACUGCAUCAUCCACUCCAACUUCAAUUGAUAUAUCAGCAAGUCCAACUUCAAUUGAUAUAUCAUCAGAAAGUCAAACAACAACUGGUACGUCAUCAGAUCCAACUACUACCACUGGUACUUCAUCAGCUAGUGGUACUGCAUCAGCAAGCGGAACUGAUUCAUCCACUCCAACAACAACAACAACCGGAACGGCAUCAUCAACUGAUUCGUCAACUCCUACUACUGGAACGGCAACAACAACUGGAACUGCAUCGUCGACUCCGACUACCACCGGAACAGCAUCGUCGACCCCAACAACAACUGGAACUGCGUCAUCUACUGACUCAUCAUCUACCACCACUGGAACUGCAUCAGCAAGUGGUACGGCAUCAGCAAGCGGAACUGCAACGACCACUGGUACGGCAUCAGCAACUGAUUCAUCGACUCCAACCACCACUGGAACUGCAUCAUCGACACCAACUACCACUGGUACUGCAUCAUCAACUCCAACAACUGGUACUGCAUCAGCUAGUGGUACUGGAACGGCAUCAGCAACUGGUAUCACUGCAUCAGCCACUGGUAUUGCAACUGGUGUCACUGCAUCAGCAACAGGUAUUGCAACAGGUGUCACUGGAACUGCAACAGCCACUGGUAUUGCAACAGGAGUCACUGGAACUGCAACUGGUGUCACUGGAACUGCAACAGGUGUCACUGCAUCAGCCACAGGUAUUGCAACAGGUGUCACUGGAACGGCAUCAGCAACUGGUAUUGCAACAGGAGUCACUGGAACUGCAUCAGCAAAUGGUGUCACUGCAUCAGCCACAGGUAUUGCAACAGGUGUCACUGCAUCAGCCACAGGUAUUGCAACAGGUGUCAGUGGAACGGCAUCAGCAACAGGUAUUGCAACAGGUGUCAGUGGAACUGCAUCAGCCACUGGUAUUGCAACAGGUGUCACUGCAACAGCCACUGGUAUUGCAACAGGUGUCACUGGAACGGCAUCAGCCACAGGUAUUGCAACAGGUGUCACUGGAACGGCAUCAGCAACUGGUAUUGCAACUGGUGUCACUGGAACGGCAUCAGCCACUGGUGUCACUGGAACGGCAUCAGCAACAGGUGUCACUGGAACGGCAUCAGCAACAGGUAUCACUGGAGUUACAUCAGCAUCAGCCACUGGUAUCACUGGAGUUACAUCAGCAUCAGCAACAGGUAUCACUGGAACGGCAUCAGCAACAGGUAUCACAUCAGCAUCAGCAACAGGUGUCACUGGAACGGCAUCAGCAACAGGUAUCACUGGAGUUACAUCAGCAUCAGCAACAGGUAUCACUGGAGUUACAUCAGCAUCAGCAACAGGUGUCACUGGAACGGCAUCAGCCACUGGUGUCACUGGAACGGCAUCAGCCACUGGUGUCACUGGAACGGCAUCAGCAACAGGUAUUGCAACUGGUGUCACUGCAUCAGCCACAGGUAUUGCAACUGGUGUCACUGCAUCAGCCACUGGUGUCACUGGAACUGCAACUGGUGUCACUGGAACUGCAACAGGUGUCACUACAACAGCCACAGGUAUUGCAACAGGUGUCACUGGAACGGCAACUGGUAUUGCAACUGGUGUCACUGGAACGGCAACUGGUGUCACUGCAUCAGCAACAGGUAUUGCAACUGGUGUCACUGGAACGGCAACUGGUAUUGCAACUGGUGUCACUGGAACGGCAACUGGUAUUGCAACUGGUGUCACUGCAUCAGCCACUGGUGUCACUGCAUCAGCAACAGGUAUUGCAACAGGUGUCACUGGAACGGCAUCAGCAACUGGUAUUGCAACUGGUGUCACUGGAACGGCAUCAGCCACUGGUGUCACUGCAUCAGCCACUGGUAUUGCAACAGGUGUCACUGGAACGGCAUCAGCAACUGGUAUUGCAACUGGUGUCACUGCAUCAGCCACUGGUGUCACUGGAACGGCAACUGGUAUUGCAACUGGUGUCACUGCAUCAGCCACUGGUGUCACUGCAUCAGCCACUGGUGUCACUGCAUCAGCCACUGGUAUUGCAACUGGUGUCACUGGAACGGCAUCAGCAACUGGUAUUGCAACUGGUGUCACUGCAUCAGCCACUGGUAUUGCAACUGGUGUCACUGCAUCAGCCACUGGUAUUGCAACUGGUGUCACUGCAUCAGCCACUGGUAUUGCAACUGGUGUCACUGGAACGGCAUCAGCAACUGGUAUUGCAACUGGUGUCACUGGAACGGCAUCAGCCACUGGUGUCACUGCAUCAGCCACUGGUAUUGCAACAGGUGUCACUGGAACGGCAUCAGCAACUGGUAUUGCAACUGGUGUCACUGGAACGGCAACUGGUAUUGCAACUGGUGUCACUGCAUCAGCCACUGGUGUCACUGCAUCAGCCACUGGUGUCACUGCAUCAGCCACUGGUAUUGCAACUGGUGUCACUGCAUCAGCCACUGGUGUCACUACAACAGCCACAGGUAUUGCAACAGGUGUCACUGGAACGGCAUCAGCCACUGGUGUCACUGCAUCAGCCACUGGUAUUGCAACUGGUGUCACUGCAUCAGCCACUGGUAUUGCAACUGGUGUCACUGCAUCAGCCACAGGUAUUGCAACUGGUGUCACUGGAACGGCAACUGGUAUUGCAACUGGUGUCACUGCAUCAGCCACUGGUAUUGCAACUGGUGUCACUGGAACGGCAUCAGCCACUGGUGUCACUGGAACGGCAACUGGUAUUGCAACUGGUGUCACUGCAUCAGCCACUGGUAUUGCAACUGGUGUCACUGCAUCAGCCACUGGUGUCACUACAACAGCCACAGGUAUCACUGGAACGGCAUCAGCAACUGGUAUUGCAACUGGUGUCACUGCAUCAGCCACUGGUGUCACUGGAACGGCAACUGGUAUUGCAACUGGUGUCACUGCAUCAGCCACUGGUAUUGCAACUGGUGUCACUGGAACGGCAUCAGCCACUGGUGUCACUGGAACGGCAUCAGCAACAGGUAUUGCAACUGGUGUCACUGGAACGGCAUCAGCCACUGGUAUUGCAACUGGUGUCACUGGAACGGCAUCAGCCACUGGUGUCACUGGAACGGCAACUGGUAUUGCAACUGGUGUCACUGCAUCAGCCACUGGUAUUGCAACUGGUGUCACUGCAUCAGCCACUGGUAUUGCAACUGGUGUCACUGGAACGGCAUCAGCCACUGGUAUUGCAACUGGUGUCACUGGAACGGCAUCAGCCACUGGUGUCACUGGAACGGCAACUGGUAUUGCAACUGGUGUCACUGGAACGGCAUCAGCCACUGGUGUCACUGGAACGGCAACAGCCACUGGUGUCACUGCAUCAGCCACAGGUAUUGCAACUGGUGUCACUGGAACGGCAUCAGCCACUGGUGUCACUGCAUCAGCCACAGGUAUUGCCACUGGUGUCACUGGAACGGCAACAGCCACUGGUGUCACUGCAUCAGCCACAGCCACUGGUGUCACUGCAUCAGCCACAGGUAUUGCAACUGGU